GGAAAAAGAAAAGUGAAAAAGAAAAUUUCACAAUUCAAAGCUCCAAAGUGAACAAGCGUUUAAACCAUCAUUCUCGUUUGUUUCUUUCUUUCUUGUACAUUUUCAUCUGAACAACAUUCAAUUUCAAGAGCACUCUUUUAAUAUACAAUUUUAUUUCACCAUAUGGAAGCGGUCACCGCCCCUUCAGCGGUCGAAACAUCCCCAAAUACACAUUUGAGUGUUGCCAUAGGACUGACAGUCGCACUUGUCAGUGCCAUCAUAAUUAUAACCUACGCCAUGACAAGACGCCGCUUAGGGCGUAUGCGCAGUGGAAGCGAACAAAUGGAACUGCAAAUGCAAGCUAUGAGACAGCGACAACAACUGCUUGAAAUCAUUGAGCGAGCUCGAAGUAUCGAACGCCCUCACCUGAAUGAAAAUCAACUAAGAGCCCUGAUCCGCCGCACAAUUACCGAUGACGCAGCUGCAGCUGCGGCUGCAACUGCGCCAGAGGGGGUGGCUGAGACUGAGCAUGGCGAGCAGUACGAGAGCGCACGGUGUUGUGGAAUUUGUUUGAUGGAUUACUUGCCCGGAGAUUUAAUAGUGGACUUGCCUUGCAGCCACGCAUUCCACGAGGCUUGUGUCUUGCCUUGGCUAAAGAUCAAUGACAAAUGCCCGUUUUGUAGUAAAUCAUGCUGUUUGAAAUAAACACCUGUUUAAUGUACAAAAAAUAAAUUUUAAAUACAAUGGUUAUGACAAAAGCCUAUU